AUGCCCGUCACUCCGACCCGCGACAAUCCAGUCCGCCACAAAGUCUUGGAGUACCUCGACGAGCAUAUUCCGGGCCAGUCCAAUCUUGGUGCCCCAUGCCGCUCUGGUGGUCGUCGUCACUUCGUGCAGCCGUCCUGGGGCAACAAAAAUGCUUCCAUGGUCGCGAAGGUCUUCGAUAUCCUCACGAGCCGGUUGCAGUGCACUCUAUCCGAGAAAUGUACUCCCAACUCGCUCAGCCGAUCUCAACUCUCCGACGCUGUCCGCCUUCAGUGUCUGCGCGACGUUCUCGCCAUGGCCACUGACUGCCCAGCUUCCUGGCGGGGGGCUCUCCUGAGAGAGAUAGUCCUCCUCGCUCGCCGCACCGAGCAGCACGUCGAAGAGCAACAACCUCUUGCGCCGGCGAGAAAUGCCACCGAUAAUCGCUCUACGCGCUUAGGAAGGCGUCCACUGCCUCGCGCAUGGGUGUUGGUGAAGUUGUUUUUGAAGAAUUUGAUCCCGCCAAUGUCUCUAUUGGAGGAAGGCAAACGCGACGGCGAACACGUCACGUUGCGCUGGUUGGAUCUACGCGGUGUUCAAAAAGCCAUCUCAGAUGCCAUCGCGGAUGGUCUGCUCACCAGUAACACCGGUUUUGAGUAUUACGACCGCCAUACCGGAGAGUGGAAGCCCAAACCGGCCGGCCGGAUCUUCCUUAGGCCUAACGAGGGGUUGCUUGUCAGACAUCGUGAUGUACACCAGCCCUACGAAUUCCGACUGCAAUUGGCGACCAUCUCCCCAUCUCCUUCGCCCUCCCUUCCUCCAACUCCAUCGUCGCGCGCUGGUCCCAGCACUAAACGCUCUCUGGACGAUCUCCUGCACCAACGCCACUCUCCUCCGCGUAAGCGACGCACACUCCUCCGGCCUUAUCCCUCGUCCCCCACGCCUGUGCGCUCACGUGAUAAGGGCAAGGGACAAAUGGCCAUCACAACCCCUAUGCUAGACGAGCACUCCGACGCAGACGAUGCAACCACUCAGGUGAACUCCGAUGAAGACCUACUCAGCGAUGUGCCCAACACCCAGGACGGAGAGCCAGCUCCGUCCAGCAGCGUACCUUCCACCCCUGCUCGUUCUAGUGCAUCCGUUACCCCGUCGCGAGCGCGCGAUUCUGUCGUGCUUGUGACCCACGCUGCUCCGCCCGCCAGGACCUCCACACGCCCGACCAGUGCCCAGGUCCCCGGCCCAGUCGCUCCCGUGUGCGCCCCCCUUCCCCGGAGUCGCACGAAUAUUCCUCCUGUGCGUCCGAACGUUGCCGCCACUCGCACCCAGGUCUCCUUCGCGCCCACGACUGGUGGCCAGACCAGCUCCGUGACAACCCCAGCUUCCUUCAGCGCCCCGGCCACCCAAGCCACUGCGCCGGCCACUGAUGCUAGGGCGAGGGAUGCUGGAGCGCGUUCUCGUUCCCCAAGUCCGGCGGAGUCCGACGACUCUGAGCGCACUCUCGUGAACGGGUCUGCACACCCAGUGGGGAUUCCCGGCUCGUCCUUUCUGAAUCCCAUCAUCAUUGAUGACGGCCCGGGCGAACACGCAGAGCAUCCCUUCCAGCUCUUCAGUCAGACAGGCUCAGAAGACGACCCUAUUGUCCUGUAG